GGGCGGGUCCUGGGCGGGGCUUGGACGGGUACGAGGAGAUUCGUCGGGAGCAGUGCCGUGACGUCACUCCCGCGGGCUCGGGGAGGACGCGGACAUGGCGGCCAGCAGCUCUACCGGGCUCGCGCAGGGCGCCGGCCCGUCGUCCAGCACCAAGCCCUUCUCAGCUUCACUCCUCCCGGCUGCUGGGGCCAGCUGUGCCAUGCAGUGCACCCCUGGAACGGACAGCAAUGCCAACCGGGCCCUGGCCCCUGCCACCCAGCCACCUGCACCCGGAGGCGGAGUCCAAGCGGGGUAUGGCUGCCCCCAGCCUCACUCCAGCCAGGACUCCAUAUCCAACAGCCGUCCCCAGGAUCCUGUCCCCAUGGCCACUACUGCAUCUACCCACCAGGAUGGUCACAGCUGCCGAGAGUCAGAGGGGACCAGGGGGUGUGAGAACACCUCAGAGCAGCCAGCCACAGCUUCACUCUGCCGGCCAGGCCCAAGCUCCCACUGCUCUGACCGCCCACUGAAGUCUCAGCGGGUUCCCCAGAAGCAGCAGGCCUCCCCAACCACAUCUGUGGGCUCAGACCCCUGGGGUGGCCCAGGCCUUGGGCCUUGGGACCCCAGCUUUACAAGUGACACGCUGCCGUUCCUGGAUGGACUGCCGAAGCCCAAGGCGUGCCCCAGGCCACCCUCCAUGCACUACUGCGAGGUCUGCAGGGUCAGCUGUGCGGGGCCGCAGACCUAUCGAGACCACCUGGAAGGACAGAAGCACCGGAAAAAACAGGCUGCUCAGAGGACAGGCGCACAGCCCAGCGGAGGCCCAAGAGGGUCCCAGAGCCUGCACUGUGGACUCUGUGGCGUGUCCUGCACUGGGGCGGAUGCCUAUGCUGCCCACAUGAGGGGAGCCAGGCACCAGAAGGUCUUCAAGUUGCACACCAAGCUAGGAAAGCCCAUUCCUUCCGAGCCCACACCACGGAGUGUCACCUACACCCGAGGCUCCGACAGCACCUCUGAGAUCUCAGUCAAGCAUGAAGCUCACACCAGUCACAGCUCACACACCUCAGGCCGGCCAGCACCAGCCAAAGGAUCAACAGCCUCACGCAAGGGGCCACCUGAGCUCCAGACAGUGCAUAUCCGACCUGGAGAAAAGAGACCAUCAUACACCAAGGCAGAGGCCAUCAGGAGAUGCCCUGGGGAAGCUUCAGGGACCUAUGGGAACAUCGAGCCAGUGGGCACAGAGUACGUGGAAGAGAUGCGCAGUGAUGAGGGGAAGGUGAUCCGCUUCCGAUGUAAGCUCUGUGAAUGCAACUUCAAUGACCGCAAUGCUAGAGACAUGCACCUGACUGGACGCCGGCACCGGCUGCAGUACAGGAAGAAAGUGGACCCUACACUUCCGGUAGCUGCCCGGCCCUGCGGCCCCAUGCAGAGGGUGCUAGUCAAGCGGCUGCAGAGGCAGCGGCAGCUGGCACAGGCAAGACUGGAGGAUGCACGGCGCUGGAACUCUGAGCUAAGACAGCAAGAAGAACAGAGAAGACAGCCUAAGGAGCCCUCACAGCCCCAGGUUGAUGAACAGCCACCUGAAUUACCCACCUGGGCCCUGCCAACCCCCACUGCCAAGCCAGGGAUGGCCACCACCCGGCGUCAGUCAGGGCGCCGGCCAGAGAGCAACGACGACCGGCAUGUCAUGUGCAAACAUGCUUCCAUCUACCCCACUGAGGAGGAGCUGCAGGCCAUCCAGACGGCCGUGUCCCACACAGAACGUGCCCUCAGACUGGUGUCGGACACACUGGCCGAGGAGAGCAGCCAGCAUAGCACUCUGGCACCUCCACCACCCAGGAUGCUCAAAGGUGUGGUACGAGUUGGCAUUCUGGCCAAGGGGCUGGUCCUACGUGGGGACCACAGUGUGCAGCUAACCCUGCUGUGCUCCAAGAAGCCCACACACUCCCUUCUACAGAGGAUCAAGCAAGAGCUGCCCCGAGAACUGUCGAUAGUGGCAGAAGACAAGUAUGAAGUUUCAUCUGACCACGAUGCCAACAUUGUUAUCUCUGCCUGUGUGGAGCCCGGAGUGAAGGUCACUGUGUCUGCCACCUCACCUCUGAUGCGUGAAGACCCCUCCAUAAAACGAGGACUACAAGACUCUCUGUCUGACCCAGAGGAUGUCCUGGACCGGGAAAGAUGCCUUGAGACCCUGGCAGCCCUCCGUCAUGCCAAGUGGUUCCAGGCUCGAGCCAGUGGCCUGCAGCCAUGUGUGAUUGUCAUCAGGGUUUUGCGGGAGCUCUGUCGCUGCCUGCCCCCCUGGGGGGCUCUUCCUGCCUGGGCCAUGGAGCUGCUGGUAGAAAAGGUGCUGAGCAGUGCACCCCGGCCCUUGAGCCCCGGGGAUGCUAUGCGGCGGGUCCUGGAGUAUGUGGCCACAGGCGCACUCCUGACAGAUGGCCCAGGGCUACAGGAUCCCUGUGAGAAAGGCCCCCAGGAUGCUCUGGAGCCCAUGACCCCACAGCAACGAGAAGACUUAACAGCCAGUGCACAGCGUGCCCUGCGUCUCGUGGCUUUCCGGCAGAUACACAAGGUCCUUCACAUGGAACAGUUACCCCCACGGACCAGAUUUGGGGCCCGGGCCCGGAAGAGGAUGAGGGAGGCUAGUGAGGACCAGGAGGGCGCCCGGGAGAGGAAGCAGGGCCGGCAGGGUACAGCAGGGCCGCUGUGAGGCAGCCAUCACCACAGGCCUGACUG